GCACGAUGCUGGAAUAUCCCCUCGGAUCCUCGAAUGCGUAGUAACAUCCUUCUCCUAGCUCGUUCAUUCAGCUGUAGGAAAGCCUCUCUAUGGCCAGGAGAUCAUAACUGCGAGUGCUGGCCGCUUCGUUUCACUGCCAGGGCUCACUAGCUUCGUGAAUUAUGGACAAAGUCAACGAUCGUCCCCAGCACGCAGCCACGCAAGGCGUCACGUGUCCAGGUCCAGGCAAGGCUCUUUCAGGCCUGCUGCUUCGCGCUCAGAAGCUCGCUGACAGGAAUCCGGCCUGCGUGACAGAGGGACCGAUGCAGCAGCAGCAGCAGCAGCCGAUCCGGUGGCUGCAGACGCAGCUGCUGUCGUUCCAGCAGCAUCUAAGUCAGAUGCAGCAGAAUCCGAAUCAGAUGGUGCAGAAUCCGAAUCAGAUGGUGCAGAACCCGAAUCAGAUGGUGCAGAAUCCGAAUCAGAUGGUGCAGAAUCCGAAUCAGAUGGUGCAGAAUCCGAAUCAGAUGGUGCAGAACCCGAAUCAGAUUAGCGGUAACAGGUCCAACAAUCACUUCGAGAGUGUUCCGCUUAGGCUCCGUCAAGCGGCUGGCGGGUGGUUAAGGGACAGGCAGAGGGACAUUGUCCGGUUCGUCGAGGGUUUUCCGGAGGAAGCCGGAGGUAUUCUGAGAGGGAUUGGUGGUGGAACCGAUCCGAUCAGCGACAGCUCUGGCGAAACCUGUUACAAUGUCGCCGACGCGUCGUCGCUCCCCUGUUGCCACCGUUUCGCCUCCAUCACAGCCUCGUUGGCGGGAAGAUUCGGCGACGCUGCUGCUCCUGCUCCUGAUAUGGAUCCGGUUGAUCAGCAACUGGCUUCGUUACAGUCACCAUCCGCGUCAGAUCUCGCAUCCACCAUGGAAUCCCGGUCUUCUCUGGGAUCUGAAGGUCACGGGUUCGAGUCUUCCGCCAGGCAUCUUUUUGACAUCGCCAUGUCGGCGGAUCAAGUCGCGAAGCGGUUAGAUGGUGUGCCCGUGUACACUGUGACUAACACGGCUAGCGAGUUCGUGCUUAUAUCGGACAUGGGGGGGAAUAAGUCGCUCGGGCUGUUCUGCUUCAGGCGAGAAGACGCCGAAGCGCUGCUGGCUCAGGUAAAAGAUCGCGAGCCCUCCCUGGGGCGUGGGGCGAAAGUGGUCCCGGUGUCACUAGACAAGGUGUACCAACUGUCAGCAGAGGGCAUCGCAUUCCGCUUCCUGCCAGACCCUGUUCAAGUCAAGCACGCCAUUCAGGUUUUGUCAGCAUCUGGAGAUACUGCACGAGCGUUUGAUGGGGUUCCAGUCUUUCAGUCAGAGAAUCUCAUUCUUCGCAGCAAGAACAGGCGCUUCUGCCCGGUCUUCUUCAAUAAGGAGGAUUUGGAUGCGGCCCUGAAGAAGGCGAUCAAGCAGAAGCAGGCAGUCAACCCCAACAUGCGAGUCACCAACAACAUUCAGGUCGGCAGCUUUGAAGAUGUGCUCAAAAUGCUGGAGCGAAACGAUGAGGACUCGCUGUGGGGUGACCUGCUCUUUAUCCCGCCGGGCAUGGAUGUGGAUGGGUUACUAGGCAAGGCUGUGGCAGCAGCAGCACCACACCGUCCUGUUCUCUGCUAGCCUGGUUACACACUCAGAUGAAAAUCAUCCACCCACGUUACACAUAAAGAGUUGUUCAAGGGCCCUUGCUGUUGGUGCCUGGCAGCCUGGGGUUUCCAGCUUAGAAAGAGCAUAGAGAUACGUGAUAGGCAGAGACAAAGAUUGCUACCAGUUCAACCUUGUCCUUCGAAUCAUCAGCAGCGUUCACUUUCACUGGUUCAUGCUCAGCAACACUCUUUCUGGGACUCUGUCUGCGGCCAUUCAGUGUUGAGACGACCCAAUGUUCCGUACUUCUGCAUACUGCGAAUCACCCACAACCUUGUUUUGGAUGAUUUGCAACUUCUUUCACUGGUUCAUGCUCAGCAGCGUCCUUUCUGGGCUCCUGUGGCCAUUCAAGGUCAGCCCAAUGUACUUCCGC